AUGCUUAAAGGUCUGAGAGUGGGUGGUUUACAUAUUUCAAAACGACAUGCUAAUUCUCAUAGCUAUCAAGCUACUCUGAAUUUACCAAAAACUAAGUUUUCACCACGUUCUAAUAUUCAAAAGACAUAUAAUGAUUUGAUACCACAAUCAUCUCAAAUUGUCUACAAUGAACAACUGAACAAGUUUUUUGAAGAAUAUAACAAGAUUCCCAAGAGUAAUAUCGACCAAAGAAUAGAUUUUAUUAAUAAAAAAUUAUUCAUACUUCAUGAUGGUCCUCCUUAUGCAAAUGGUGAUUUACACUUGGGUCAUGCGUUGAAUAAAAUCCUGAAGGAUAUCAUUAAUAGAUACCAAUUAUCUCAUAGCAAAUAUAUAUACUAUAGACCUGGUUGGGAUUGUCAUGGUUUACCUAUUGAAAUGAAAGCUUUGAAGAAGUUGAAUAGUGAUCAGAUUGAACAUAUUUCCCCAGUGAAAAUCAGAAAGAUAGCCUCGCAAUAUGCUAAAGCUGCUCAGUUGAAACAACGGUCGCAAUUUGAAAAAUUCGGUAUACUCACUGAUUGGAAUCAACCUUAUAUUACCAUGGAUGCAAAUUACGAAGUUAACCAAUUAAAAAUCUUUCAAAAACUAUUUGAUUUUGAUUUGAUAAAGAGACAAAAUAAGCCAGUGUAUUGGGGCACAGAGACUAGAACAGCAUUAGCAGAAGGUGAAUUAGAAUAUAAUGAAAACCAUAAAUCAGUAUCAGCUUAUGUUUAUUUCCCUUUAACUGAAGAGUCUGUCUCUAUUUUGCAAAAUAGAUUAGGGAUCGAAAAAAUGGGGAGGGUUGAUUGUUUAAUUUGGACAAGUACACCUUGGACAUUGUUUUCGAAUCAAGCAAUUUGUUACAGUGAACGGUUUGACUAUUGUUUAGUAAAAUCAGAGGAAAAUCAAAAAUGCUUCAUAGUGGCAAAAGAUUUAAUCGAGUCAUUAAAGAUCACAGGGCCAUACAAAAUCCUAUCUUCAUUUUCUGGUUCUCAAUUAAAAGGAUUAAAAUAUUCUAACCCUUUAAUGAAUGAUACACCUAUGGUAGAGAAACCUCUCUUAGAUGGAUUACACGUGACAAACACAGCAGGGUCAGGGUUGGUACACACUGCUCCAGGACAUGGUCAAGAUGAUUACCUAGUUGGGUUAAAAAAUGGAUUAUCAAUCUUUUCCCCAAUUGACCAUAAAGGUAACUAUGACUUAACUAAAUUUUCAAAUAAUCCUGAUGUUCAAGAAUUUUUAAAGGAUCCUAAUAGUGGACUGGAUGAAGGAAGAAAUGUGCUGAACUCUAAAACCACAGAUUCCAUUAUAGAAAGACUUAAAGAGCUGGAUGUGCUGAUGAACGUUGAAGUAAUAACACAUUCGUAUCCCUACGACUGGAGAUCUAAACAACCAGUGAUCAUACGAUCAACCCCUCAAUGGUUUACGAAUUUGGAAAAUUUAAAGAAAAUAGCUGUGAAGAGUCUUAAAAAAACCCAGUUCUAUCCGAAACGGGGUGAACAUAGACUUACCUCAUUUGUUAAGAAUAGAAAUGAGUGGUGUAUAUCCAGACAACGUUCAUGGGGUGUACCAAUUCCAUACUUUCAACAUCGUGAAAAACCUGAUUCGAUUCUAAUGGAUGCAGAGAUAAUAUCAAUUGCAAUAGAAAAUAUCAAGAAAUGGGGGAUGGAUUCAUGGUUCCUUGAGGAAGAUUCUACCAAUGAAAAAACUAAUAUAAAGAAUUGGUUACCUCAAAGGUAUCAUGAUAUAGCAAACCAAUAUAGAAAGGGAAAAGAUACAAUGGAUGUUUGGUUUGAUAGUGGUUCGUCAUGGUCAACAUUGAUGGACUUUUAUUCUGAAAAAUUGGGGAUUACAGAAAGCCAGCAACCAAACCCAUUAGCAAACGUCUACUUAGAAGGUAGUGACCAACAUAGAGGCUGGUUUCAAAGCUCAUUGUUAUGCAGAGUUUCUUAUACUGAAAAACCUGAUGCUCCAUAUGGAACGGUUAUUACACACGGGUUUACCCUUGACGAAAAGGGCAUUAAAAUGUCCAAAUCUAUUGGAAAUACAAUUGCACCUAAUGAUAUAAUCGAAGGUAACAAAGAAAGAAACCUACCAACACUUGGUGUAGAUGGUCUGAGAUAUUUGGUGGCCCAAUCUGAUUUUACAAGUGAUAUCACUGUAGGUCCAACGAUAAUGCAACACACAUCUGAUGCAUUGAAGAAAAUUAGAUUAUGUUUCAAAUUUUUGCUAGGGAACCUACAGAAGAGCUCUAAUUAUACAUUAUUACCUUAUGACCAGUUAGCUCCAGUUGACAAAUACACUAUUUCAAAACUACAAGGACUUCUAGAUGACACAAACAAAAAUUAUUUAGAAUACAACUUCUCUAAAGUAUUGAUUAAUCUUCAAUUCCAUCUAAACAAUGAAUUAUCAGCAUUUUAUUUUGAUUUUUCGAAGGAUGUUCUUUACUCUAAUUCAAUAUCAUCUUUAAGAAGAAGACAAAUCCAGACUACUUUAUUCCAUAUCAUAGAUACAUAUCGUGCAGUACUAAGCCCAAUUCUACCAAUAACAGUUCAAGAAGUUUGGAACUGUGUUCCAGAACAAUGGUUAGCCAAUAACAAAGAAAAUGGUACAUCUCCCUUUAUUAAGUCGUGGCCUAAGUUUAACAACGAUUUAGCCCAAUCAAAAAAUAUUAUUGAAUCAUUUGAAUCGAAUGAAAUCACAAUAAUGAAUGCAUUUAAAAAGGAGUUUACGAAGAUCACUAAUCCAUCAAUUACGAAACCCGGUCAGACACUGACGAAAAUCUUUAUUACAAAUACGCUCCCAAUAAAAGAAGACGACCUAAUGGAACUUUUACAAACGUCCAAGGUCACACUUAUUAAGGUUGACAGCAUGUCCGAUCUUCCUGAAGAUGCUAGGAGAAUAGAUGAAUUAAAAUGUGCUAUUACAAUAGAGCAAAGCACAAUGAAUAAAUGCCCAAGAUGCUGGAAACAUAAUUCUCUCGAAGAAAAUCAUCUAUGUGGCAGAUGUGAACAUGAAACCUUGUAUAUAAAUUUCUAA